GAAACUUGAACAGCUUCACUUUUCUUUUAUAUUUCGCUAGCUAUGAUUAAGGAAUUUUUUUUUAUUGUGCAGAAUGAGUACAUUGAGUUUGAAUUCACUAUGCAUAUGCAUAUGAAUACAGUGCGUUUCCAAUGCAGUGUGCACGCGCGCCUACUGUCGCAAAUUCUCAUUAAAAACACUGUACCCAUUUAAUAAACGAAAGAUAAAUAAAUGAAUCUUUCAUUAAGCUGUAUCAGAAAUCUGUUUGAUUGAUUUCAUAUGUAACUUACAGUAAUCAAUCUAUUUUAGAUGCCACCAAAAUCAACGGGUUCUCGAAAAAAAAAGCUAAUGUUCAAUGGCUAUUGCUGCCUUUGUGGAUUAGGAAAAAAAAAUAGUAACAGACAUAAGUUGAUUUUUAUUAGGAAUGUUGAACAAGCGCAACGAUUUCGCGCAAUAUUCGAGCCGCAUGUGUCUCAUUUACAACAGAUUUCAUGUUUAGCUGGUCAUUCUUAUCAUGCAUCAUGUUAUUCAAAGUUUCAGAAAAGAAGACAACGUUUAUGUAGGUAUUAGACAAACUCUGCCGCCCAGGUUUCAUUAUUUGGAUUUCGACUUCUUUGUUUAUAGCACAUAGUGAUGAAGUGACAACAAAUGAAAGAGAAGGUGCUAUCGGAAGCGUUUCUUUAGCCGAAAGUGAGCAAGAAGCUUUUAAUAUCGAGGAAGAUCCAAUAAUUACAACAACAUCAAAUAAUCAUGGUUAUUCAUGUGUGAACCCGACUGUCUGUUCUUUUACCUCUCCUGGUCAAGAAAGGGCAAUCAACAGCAAUAAUCAAUGGGAAGAAAUGGCUUUUCUAGACGAUGCUCAAGAAGCUGAUAACCUACCGGAUAUCAAUGAUCCUGACGAAAGUAAUCCAAGUAGUGCUCUAACUGAUCGAAUGAGUUCAAAACUAAAUUUUUUUUUACCUAGUGGAAGUGCAUUUGGACCAUGUAAUUACGAAGGAAUUGAUCAAAAAAUAUUUUCUUUGUGGGAAGAUUUAAUUAGUGUAUGUGCCAAAGCAAUGAAUAUUAAUAACGAGAAUAAAAUUAUUUUGGAAAUUCAAAACCAGAUUCAUGCAUUAUUGAAAAAAUUGUGCGAGGUAGUCCAACGUGAAAUGUCCGAGAAAAAAAAUGCGCCUGUGAAUCAAAAAUAUCAAACUAAAGAAAAUAUUUCGAGAUCAUCAAUAAUACAUGGAUCGUUUACGUCAUCAAGUGUAAGCAAUGUUGAAUUCUUGAAUUGUGAAAAUAGUAAUAAUUAUAAUAAUAAUAAUAAUAACAGUAAUAACAAUAAUAAUCAUAAUAACAACCACAAUUUGACAAGAUUAACAGCUUAUGGUAUCGAGAACGAUCGAAAUGUGUUUGUUGAGGACGAGAACGAAAAACUCUGA